AUGCCGGGUGAAGGCAACCCUUGGGAAGACCUGUGCGAGUGGGUUCGCAGUCAAGGAGGAAGUCUGGCUAAUGCGCUGGGGAAUCUGAAUAAUCAGGGUACAUACAGCGACAUUGGCUCUGGCGAGAGCGAUGCCUUACAGACUACAACCACUUCUUCAUCUCUCCUGCCAGUAUCGCCGUUUGGGAUAUUCCUCAUGGCCCUAUUGUUCAUUUGGGGGUACCUCUACCUUCAGGGGAGAAGGAAUCGUGCGCUCACUGAGAAGCCUCGGAAGUCGCGUCAUGAUACCGACCGCAAUGACAAGGAUGAUACUGGGGGUGGCCCCCCUCCCGCCACCGGGGGUGUGUAUUAG